AUGCGUGAUAUUCUCAAAACCGAAGAGCUGGACGUCCCCGAGGGUGUCACGGUCUCCAUCAAGUCGCGUAUCAUUAUCGUCGAGGGGCCGCGGGGAAAGAUUCAGAAGAAUGUUCGCCACAUUAACAUGGACAUUCAGCUCGUCAAGACCAAGAUCAACAAGGGCUUCCAAUACAAGAUGCGUCUUGUAUAUGCCCAUUUCCCCAUCAACUGUAUCAUUCAAGACGGUGGAAAGGCUGUGGAGAUCCGAAACUUUUUGGGAGAAAAGACGGUUCGACAUGUCCCAAUGUUGGAGGGAGUAAUCAUCUCCGAGUCAAAGAACCAAAAGGACGAGUUGAUCAUCGAGGGUAAUGAUAUUAGCAACGUCUCGCAAUCUGCUGCUUCUAUCCACGGUGCUUGCCCAGUCCGAAACAAGGAUAUCCGAAAGUUCUUGGACGGUAUCUACGUCUCGGAGAGAGGCACUAUCGUCACCGAGUAG